CAAACUAAAAGCAAGAAUGGUGUACUUCAAAACUUUAUGCACUUCCCUUGCUCUUUUGCUUCUCCUACUCACCACCUUUGCAGCGAUCUGUCCUUCAACGGCUGAUGGAGUCAAUGCACUUUCAGGAGAAAAUCAUGGUGGAAAAUCACAUCAAAUAUGGAAGAGAAAGGUGCGGAUGAACCAUGGAAGCUUUCGUGGCCCUCAUAAGCACCUUGUCAAUCCAACUCUCCAGCAUCCAUUUCAAGUCCCCAAGCUGCCUGUGUAGUUUCUUGAACGCAGCUGGUUUUCGUAGCAAUUUGUUUCUCAUGUAUAUCAACUUAUGUUAUUGACUUUCCAUGGAGAAAGCACAUUUUAAGUUCAUAAGCUUUGUAUGUGGGUCUUUUUUGUCUUUGUUCUUGAAAACGUGUUACCAGCAGUUUAUCUGCAAAUACAUAUUCCUCUCCUACAUUGCUGCACAAAAUUCAGUUUGUUGAUUUGCCAAUAUUCCCAGUUUCUCUGCAUUCACAGUAUUGCCAGAUCUUUCAUAACACUGACUAAAUCAAAGCUUGUCUGAUAU